UUACACUUUGAAAUCUGUCCCUUUUAAUUCUGAUUAAUUCUCCUCAAGGGGCUUACAGCCCUGAUAUAAUUUGGGAUGUCCCAUUUCAUGCCCGGCUGUCUCCUCUGUAGCAAGUAACGCAGCGUGUCCUUUUAACUGGCAGACUUUUACCGAAGACCAGUAUGUGGUGCAGGCUCAACCUGAAGAAGCCAACAUCAACAUUAUUUCCAACAAGGAACCAAAAAUGUAGGACGGUGACUGUCUGUCUGUCUCACUUCAUCAGUGAUGCGUGAGGAGUCUGAGCCUCCGCCUGGCAUGGAGCAAAAGGCAGAUGACAAGUUGCCUGAGAAAGUGCCUGAAGACCCUGCAGAUGCUCUAAACAGGAUAAGGUGCCUCGAGUAUUUAGCUGUCCUUCACCAUACCAAAUGGUUUCAGGCAUGAGCAAAUGGUCCCCAGUCCUGUGUGAUCAUCAUCCGUGUACUCCGAGACCUCUGUCCAUGCAUGCCAACCUGGGGCAAGCUCAGCUGGUACAUCCUGUGACUGCUGGCUUUUCAUCACAUCCACAAGCUCUUAGGGAUGGACUCACUACUGUUGUCUAAGGUCAGCAUUUACAACCGCAAGAGAUGGCGUGACAAAGCAGACGUGGUGGA